AUGAACAUUAUUGUGUUGUGCCGUAUUUCUGCACUUAUAUUAUCUUAUUUGUUUACCGUAAUAUCUGUAUUAACUUCUUCAAUUGCCCUGCUAACACCGCAAUGGCAAAUAGUGACAAUUACGGAAUUUCAUACUGAACAUCAGCAUGGCCUCUGGAUGGAUUGUAUCCUCGGGAAGAAGCAUGUACAAGGUACAUCUGAAAGAAGCCUUCAUUGUACAUAUAAAUUUGAAAGUGCUGAGAAGAAUGAUUUACAAAAUGAUGAAGAUAAUGAAGAGCAACAUAAGUUUCACAAUUGGCAUAAAGCUGUUCUAUGUUUAUUGCUUCUGGCGAUGUUAACAGCUCUUACUUUAUGUUGCUUUCUAAUGUGCGCAUUAUACUUUCGUAUUGCAGCCCUUGUUUCAUGUACCUUAUCAUUAAUUGCAACAAUCUUGUCAAGUGUUGCCAUAGUUGUAUUCUUUAUUAAUUCACACAAAGUCGAAAUUCGAUUUGUGCAAGGUAUUACUCGAACAUAUGAGCAAAGGUGUGGUUAUUCAUUCUAUUUGGCGCUUUCUUCGUGUGUCACUUUUCUAGCAGCAUUCCUUUGUUCAGUAUUUUGUACGGUGAUGGUAUUUUUACAUGAGCGGAAUCGUCGACAGCCACCAAAAACAUACCCAUUAAUUAAUAGUGCCGUGUAA